UUAUAAUUCAUAAUUUUAAAAAAAUCAUAUUUGAUAAAUGAUCUACAGCAGGGAAAAAUCAAUAUAUAUGUACAUAACUAAGCUGUGUGGUUGGAUUUCUUGGAAGAAACAACAGGUAAAUUAAAGAGGUUAUUAGAAAUGUAACAAAAAAAAGGACGCUUUUAUGAACGUUCCAGUAUCGCUCGAAUCAGUGACUCUUGUAUCUGUAGUCGCUGCUCGAAUGAACGUGCUGAAAUCCCGGAUUGUCGGGCACCGAUUGACGUCACUGAUAGGCGGCCAAGAUGGUUGUCAAUGUUGAUAAGUGGUUUGGUUACAUGGAGAAUCAGUGAUAAAGCCGCGACCGAUAGGAGGCCGAUGCGAAAGAAAUUAUGCCUGUAAAAUAGAAAUUAGAUUCGCGUUGAACGAAACAAGGGGUCGUCAUCGUGGCGCGGGAUGGCGGACGGCGAGGAUGCGGAACUAGAAAUCCGUCGAGCCUUAGAUGUCGUUCAAUCCAUGAUUGACAUCUCUGCUGAUCGACUUGAAGGUUUGAGGACCCAAUGUUCGACCAGUGCUGAACUAACUCAACAGGAAAUUCGGACACUUGAGGGGAAGCUUAUAAAAUUAUAUUCAAAGCAACUUGUAACCAAAGCCAAACUGGCUUUAGAAGAAUCGUUACCUCCAGAAAUGAAACAAUAUCCAUCUUUGCAACAAUGGUUACGGGUAGUAGGACUUACUAAAGAAUCUAUACAGAUGAUUUGUUCUAAAGCUAACUCGCUUGAAGCUCUCAAAGAAAAAUCUGAACAUGAACUAGGUAGUAUGUUGGGUGAAAGUAACGUUAAACACGAGGAAGAACUUCGUAGACUUUGUAGGGCAUUACACAAUCUUCGUCGAUAUAUGGAUGUUCUUCUAAGAGGGGAUAUGGAUAACAGUGAUAUGAAUUUGUAUUGGGAUUCCUGGGAUAGACAUCAUUUACGUACUGGAGCCUCUCCUAGGCCAGCUCGAUCCCGUACAACAAGAUGUUCUGUUCCUUCAGAAGACAGCAUUCCAUAUCAUAAUAACAACAAUCUUCACAGUGAUAUGUUAGCACAAGCUUCUUCCAUUACGUCUUUAUUAUCAACUAGUCCCCCUUCUACUCCUCUUUUACAAAGACCAGGAUGUGGAAUUAAGUUUCCAACAACUCCGCCUCCUUGUAAAAAGCAUCAGAUAGGUUUACAAAACACGAUAUCACAACCGGAAGUGUUUCCUUUAACUAAGUCAAAAUCUCACGAAUCGCAAUUGGCAAACCGACUUGAAAAUGGGGAUUCAGCUUCAAGUUGUGGCAAUGAUCCUGUUAGUUGUGCAGGAAGAAGAAAUCGCCUACCUACAGAACCAGGAUCUUGCAGCAGUAAUGCAGACAUUGCAGGGGAAAGUCUCUUGCUAAAUAGUAAUAGUCCUAUUAAGUCACCACCUUAUUCUAGUGCUGAAAGUGAUGAUAACAGUUUCAAGGGAACAGUAACAAGUCUCCAAGUGCCAAAGUCACCACGUACGCCAACAGUAACCCGCGGAAUGGGCCAUAUAAUUGCUCAUCGCUUUACCAAAACAUUUAAAAUGAUGACAACCUGCGAUUACUGUGAGAAGCAAAUGUUUAUAGGCACUGGUUUGAAAUGCAAAGAAUGUAAAUAUAAAUGUCACCGUGAUUGUGAAUCUAAAGUACCACCAUCUUGUGGCCUACCUCAAGAACUCUUUGAUGAGUUUAAAAGAAGUGUACAAGGUAUGGUAAAUGUUUCUCCGAUAUUAAGCAAACCUGGUAUAACAUCUCCUAAUCACCAUAAUUCAAAUUUAUUGAGCUCUUUGAAUCGAAGAGAUCGUAAACGAUCGCAUCCACAUUCUUCUAUGAAUAUACCUUUUCAGGGCGCGGAUUCUAGUUCAAAUACCUCGAGCUGCAACAGCUCAACGCCUUCUAGUCCAGCUUUGUUACCUGCCAAUACUAGCCAAACCCCACAGGCACCUGCCAAACAACAGUUCCAUUUUCCAGAUGUUGUGCUUAAUGACAAAGGUGUUACAUUGGAGACUCACCGACUCGAAGGUACGACUAUAUCAAGUGAUAGCGAAAGAACAGUGAGUGUUUCUGGAUCUGGCAGUGUUAGCACAGAUUCCGAACGAACUCCUGUUAGAGUUGAUUCUCAAGAUUCUCAAGUUUCUGACGGAGAACCAGGAGAUAGUCGUUGGCCACGACAAAAUAGCUUAUCGAUGCGAGAAUGGGACAUUCCUUACGAUGAACUGAAAAUUGGAGAACCUAUAGGUACUGGGAGAUUUGGUACUGUGUACAGAGGCUAUUGGCAUGGUAAUGUUGCAAUUAAGGUCCUGAACAUGGACUAUUAUUUAGAUGAUGAUAAAACACUGGAAGCGUUCAAGUUAGAGGUGGCUACAUUCCGAAAAACGAGACACGAAAAUCUAGUUUUAUUUAUGGGAGCUUGUAUGAAGCCUCCUCGCUUGGCGAUAGUGACUAGUAUGAGCAAAGGCAUGACUCUUUACACUCAUAUUCAUUUGCGUAAAGAUAAAUUUAAUAUGAAUAAAACCACUAUCAUCGCUCAACAGAUUUCUCAGGGAAUGGGAUAUCUUCAUGCUCGUGGUAUAAUUCAUAAAGAUCUCAAAAGUAAAAACAUAUUUUUAGAAAAUGGAAAAGUUGUAAUAACAGAUUUCGGUUUGUUCAGUGUUACAAAGCUUUGUUACGGAAAUAGAAAAGGAGAUGGACUGAGUAUACCACCUGGCUGGUUAUGUUAUUUAGCUCCUGAAAUUGUUCGACGACUGAAACCGCAACAAAAUCGGGAUCAGGAAGAAUUACCUUUCUCAGAAGCUUCCGACGUUUAUGCAUUUGGCACCGUAUGGUAUGAACUUUUAUGCGGUGAAUGGCCCUUUAAAGGACAACCUCCUGAAGCAAUUAUUUGGCAAGUUGGCAAAGGAAUGAAACAAACUUUAGCUAACUUACAAGCUUCCCGUGAUGUAAAGGACAUUUUAAUGCUUUGCUGGUCAUUCCAUGCAGAAAAUCGGCCCGACUUCGCAAAAUUGUUAACUACUCUGGAAAAGCUGCCUCGCAAAAGGUUAGCACGUAGUCCUUCUCAUCCUAUACAUCUUUCUCGUUCCGCGGAAUCCGUGUUUUGA